AUGUCAAGAGGCCUAAGUACAGUACAGAUCCGAUUGCUGCCAACGUUUUCAACGUUGACUGUUCGCGUCGCCCGCACCGCCGCCAGGAUCAAGGCACAAAAGCUCAGCGGCAAGGCGGAUCUCGACUCGUCAGCACCCAUCAUCGCCAUCAUGCCUCUCGGCCCCUUCGAGCUGCCCGCCGCGGCAGACUUUCACGUUCACCUCCGCGAUGGCCCAAUGUCUGCCGCUGUCGUGCCCACAAUCCGUCGUGGAGGCGUGAACACAGCCUACGUGAUGCCCAACCUCGUCCCUCCCGUCACCACCGUAUCCCAGGCGCUCGAGUACAAGCGUCGGCUCGAGGCCAUCGACCCGUCCAUCAACUACCUCAUGACCCUCUACCUGCACGAGUCCAUCACCCCAGACGUCGUACGCGAGGCGAAGGAGGCCGGCAUCGUCGGCAUCAAGAGCUAUCCCGCCGGCGUCACCACCAACUCGUCCUCCGGGGUCCUCUCGUAUGAACCCUUUUAUCCCGUCUUCAAGGCCAUGGAGGACUGCGGCCUCAUCCUCAACCUCCACGGCGAGAUCCCGAGCGACCAGAAGCAGGGGAUUACCAUCUUGAACGCCGAGAGCAAGUUCCUCCCGACUCUGCGCUCCCUCCACAGCCUCUUCCCCCGGCUGAGGAUCGUGCUGGAACACUGCUCAACCAAGGAUGCCGUCGAGGCGGUGAAAGCCUGCGGGAGCAGUGUCGUUGGCACCCUGACCUGCCAUCAUCUCUUUCUCACCGUCGAUGACUGGGCCGGCGAGGUGUUUUCGUUUUGUAAGCCGGUUGCCAAGACCCCCGAGGACCGGACCGCGCUUCUGCAGGCCCUCGUCAGCAGCAAGGGGAAAUUCUUCCUCGGCACUGACAGUGCCCCUCACGACAUCAGCGCCAAGAAAGGACAGGGAAAGACAGCCGCCGGCGUCUUCACCCAACCGUACGCUUGCCAGCUCAUCAUGACGGCCCUCGAGGAGGCUGUCGAGCGCGGUGAGGUCAGCGAGUCGGACAUCACCCAAGAGUUGCUCGAAGGCGUCCUCGGCGGCUUCGGCAGAACCUUUUACGGUAUCAAGGAUCCGUCCGGCCAGAGGAUUCGGCUGUCAAAGGGCCAGGAGCUCAUUUCUGGUAACAUACUCGGCGACGGUGUCGAGAUCGUUCCUUUCCGGAGCGGGCAGCAGACGUGGACUCUCGAGUGGAUUUAG